AUGAAAGUGCUAAAGGGGUAUGUUCAGAAUCGUACUCGUCCCGAAGGUUGCAUUGCUGAGCGGUAUAUAGCUGAAGAAGCUGUAGAGUUUUGUACCGAGCAUUUAUCUGAUGUUAGUACAGUUGGAGUGCCUUCAAGCCAAAAGAUGGGAGUUUCAAAGCCAUUAUCAGGUUGCACAGUGAGCGUAGUUGAUCGGGACCUGUUGACCAAGCACAUCUAUAUGUCUUGGAGAAUACGGGAGGAAGUCCUACCUUAUAUCGAGUACGCAACAUAUGAUCCACACCAGACCGCUUAUCCAAAAUUUAGAAAGAGAACAAAGUGGCUGCAGGAUAAGCACAAUAGCACUUUCAUUCAAUGGCUACGCUUCAAGGUUCAAAGUGAACUUAAUGAGGAAGACAAUCAUGGCGUAUCAGAAAAUUUAAGGUGGCUAGCAGCUGGUCCAAACAUGGCAGUGCCAUUAUAUAGGAGCUAUCUCAUUAAAGGUAUUAAAUUCAACAUCAAGGCACAAGAUGAUGUGCGGACAACUCAAAAUAGUGGAGUUUAUUUACUUGCACAUACUAUGCAAGUUGCUAGUGGCCAAGGAUAA